UUUAAAACUUUUUGAUGUGAAUGUGAAUGUAAAUAUGAGUGUACUUAUAUUAUUAUCCCCAACAAAACUAAAACCGGUUGUUUUGUGUUUCAUCGACAAUUCUUUAAUAUUUAAUAAUACAUCACAUAAUACACAAGUGCAUUUCACAAUAAUAAAGAAAUAUUUGUUUUUUCCGACUAUUGUUUCCACAAACUAGAGUUUCGAGGCAGUUCUUAUCAACAACGUUAUCAUUCUUCUGUUCUCUGUUUAUCUCAAAGUUUUUUCGUCUCAGAUUUUUUACAUCAGAUUAAGAAAUGUCUUCAAUGAGGCAUCAAGUUUGUCAGUACGAAAGUUACUCUAAAUAAGUUGGUGUAUUUUAUUAAUCAUAAUAUGUACUUAUCUGUUUUUGUGCCGUUGGAUGUUGGAUUUAUUUUGUAAAAAGUGACAACGAUGGCCGAUCCGACAAUCCAAACAUUUUGUUGUAAGCACAACAAUAAUACCGAUAUGGCUAUUAUUAUAAUGCAGGAAUUCAAUACCGAUGUUUAUAAUGUUGUUUGUAUGUUGUCAUCAAUUAUUGGAAUAAUUGGUGCUAUCUAUCAGAUAUUACCCAGAGAAGAAGUUUACAAUCAAUAUCGCUGGCAGAAUUUUUCUUCUUCAAGAAGUCGGAAGAUCAUUAUUUGGCUCGCUGUUGCUGACUUAUUUGCAUCACUAGGAGUAUUUCUUCGUUCAAUAUUAUGGAUUAAUUAUAAACCAAUAAUGCCAGCAACAGACACGUCAAAUGUCAUAUUUUGCGCAUUGUCAUCAGCAUGGACACAAUACUUUUACAUGUCAACCUGGAUUUGGACACUGUCUUAUGCGAUAGACAUGAAGCUAUUGCUGAGUGAACGACCAAGUAAAUAUGGAUGGUAUCACGCAGCUGCUUGGAUUUGCCCUGCACUAUUAACAACAUUCGGAUUAUCUAUUCUUUACAUCCCAGAGGCAAAUUGCCACGAGUCAAUAACAAUGAGUACAGCUAUUUUACGAAUUUUACCAAAUUACUGCGUAACUUAUUUAUUGUUGGGCAUUGUCAUGAUCGUUAAUCCAGUAUUAUAUAUAUCAUCAACCAAAGAUUUACAAAAUGCAGUCACAUGUAGUAUGGCACAGAUGACUGGACGUGAAAGGAAACUUGUGCAAAGUAUUCAAGUUAAAUUUGCUAUGAUUAAUCUAGUUUAUUAUGUUUGCUGGCUGCCUAACUUGAUUAAUGGAAUACUUUUGUGGACACUUUGGUUUAAUUUGCCCGCUAAAGUCAUUAUUGCGCUGUGGUAUGUCAUGGCCGCAACAAACCCACUACAAGCGUUUUUCAAUGCAAUAGUUUAUCAGCGAUGGGGUAAACGAGAACGAUUUUUUUCAUGGUGGAAAAAGUUGGGUCAAUUGAUGACAACUGGUAAAUAUAACAACAAUGAAUUGAAUGAAGUAUCACCAUUGUUGACACCGCAAUAUGAGUGCUGUACACCGCACACGAGUAUAAACGGCUCGUCAUCUCUAUGA